AUGGCAGAAGCUCAUGAGAAGGAUGUGGUGGGCGACAAACUCAUAACACGGGAGUCUUUGGACGCCCGCGUACGCGAUGAAGCGGCCAACCUGAGAGAGCUACUCCACGAGGACCGAGUUCUUCAGAUUCAUGCAGGGAAGUUGAUGCACCAGAACGCCCUACAGAACCUGGAGGAGAAGUACAUCACGAGAUCGGGGCAAUUCAUUUUGUCCCAGUGGUUCUUGGCUGGUGUUGCCUGUGGCUAUCCGAUAGCGAGAGGGAGCUGGAGAAAGACGUUAAUACGCGCAGGUGUCCUAGGCUUCUGUAUCUCUGCCGGCUUGCUGUGGAGUUCCUUUCGUCUUACCAAAGCUUUGUUCCAUUGUCGAUGGCCCAUGCCCGAGACAGCCACUUGGAACGUCAUGAUCCAGCUACGCCGGUUCCUUGACCAUGCCGACGGAAGCGACCAAGAGGCCCAGCCUCUAUACCAAAAACCCCUUUAUCAAAGACCCGUCGGCAUCAGAGACGCCCUUCAAAUAUCUGUGUUUAUUGAAAAGACCAUGUACGCGCCACUGCCACUUCUUCAACGCUACAUUUGCAUCGUAGAAUUGGAACCAGGGAAGUUCGAGGCUGAAAUACGAUGCCGCACACAUAUCCGCUUUAAGGACACUGAGUACGAGGCUCUGUCAUACGUCUGGGGCGACCCCAAAGCAACCAAGUCCAUCACAGUCGACGGCAAGGACUCGGAGAUCUAUGAGAAUUUGGAGACUGCACUUCGCUAUGUCCGACGUGAGGAUCGGGGACGCUUGCUCUGGGUUGAUGCCAUUUGCGUCAAUCAACAUAGUGACACUGAGAAGAAUCGGUUGGUUGCAAGAAUGUCGGAGAUCUACCAAGAAGCAGCAAAGGUCUUGGUAUUUCUCGGUGAUGGGCCCGAUUGCUCGAGUCUGUUUGACUUCUUCGAAGCUAUCGGAACAGCUACGGAUGUCGAUGCAGUGCUCGAGAUGACGGAUAUACCAGCUGUGCUAGCUGAGUUCUGGCGACUACUCGAAAGGCCGUGGUGGUCUCGAGUCUGGGUCAUCCAGGAGUUUGCAUACGCACGAAAGGAUCCGCUGAUUGGAUAUGGCUACCGCUGGACGGAUGCCAGAACAUUCCGGGAAGGAUUCGAGCUGCUUCGAGAAAGAAUACAGGCCGAUCUCCUCGCGACAGACAAGAGAUCAUACCCGAGCCUUCUUGGGCAUGGGACUGAGUCGCUCAUUGAACGCUGGAAUAUGCUUGAGAUGAGGCUUUCGCACCUGCUUUGGCGCUCGCGAUUGCAUCCGGUUAUGGGCAGAGUUUCUGACCUGCUGAGAGACACACGAAGAUAUCGGGCGACGGAUCCACGGGACAAAGUGUUUGCCCUGCAGUCGCUUAUGAUGGAACCCUUUCGAACGGGUUUUCUCCCCGACUAUACAAAGUCCACUAGCACCAUUUACACCAGAAUAGCAGCCUGUCUUCUGUGCAUUCAGAAAUGGGGCGACGUAUUCAACUUGUUCCCCAUCGGCACCAACGCAGAUCUCCCGUCAUGGGUGCCCGACUUUUCCGGACACCAUACUGAUGACAAUGAUAACCGGCUCUGGGUCAAUACUCUGGCCACGAGUAUCGGCGAACUCGAGUGCUCAGUGAGCGCAGCCAUACUGGGCGUUCGAGGAAUCGACUGCGGCGCAAUAAAUCAAAUUGGGGAUUUAAAGACUGUCCGGGACGGUAUUGUUGGUUUGAAUCCCAGAGGGGAGGCGUUCGAGUCUACAGAAGUGGUUUCAACGAUGCUGACCGCCUUGCAUUACCAAGACAAGGGACCGGUCACGGGCGAGCUACUACUAUACCAGGUAUUCGCAAGGGCCGGGCUCGGCCCUAACCAGCCACCCUUUAUCACCACAGACGAAUUAGCGGAGCUGAAACGCCAAAUUUCUCCUAGCAUAAUGUCAACGAUUACAAAGAUUUUACUGCGCCAGCGAAGCUGGUCAAUAUUUCCGGCCGAUGAAAUGGAGAAAUCCAUUAUUCAAAGCUUGAAGAAUUUAUUAAAGAUGAUUAGGGCGCGGAACAAUGAGCGUCGUAAAAAGGAGCAGGCUGCAAAGGCCAUGAGAGUGGAACAACAGCGGAAUACGGGGCGGAGACGAACAGAUAGGGAUAUCGAGCAAGAACUACGAGAGGAAAACUACGAAAACACCCAGAGCAUAGUCCACAUCGAUCAGCACUGGACGGAGCUUGAGGACAAGAUGCUAAGAGUGGAUAGGGCAGCUAUGAAGCCGGGUGAUCCCCUCUCUGAGCAUACCAUCUUCACGACAGAUUUGGGUUUCGCAGGGGUGGGACCGGUGAAGAUCCAAGAGGGGGACCGACUUAUGAUCAUACUGGGGAUUCCCACGGCUUUCGUGGCGCGGGCGCACACUAGCAGCGACUCGGAAGAGGGUGAAUAUGUUCUUGUUGGCAAGGCUCGGGUAAGUGAAGAGGGCGUCCGGAGGGUUAAAGCUGGUAUUGAGGAUGGGUCUCUGGUGGACCGGAAAAUAUAUUUUCGGUAA